UUUCCGUUAUUUAGCGAAAAGGUGGCGGAUUGUUUUCACGUCAUAUUUUCUCAAUAGUUUUUAAAGGCUACGGGGGAGAAGGCAAGAGGGAUAUUUCCCAGGCUUUAGAAGAAUAUAUUUGAAAACAUCCCCAAAUAACAAAGGAGAGGGAGGGACCGGACCCCCUCCCGUUGUGUAGGCGGGCUGCAGGCGGGUUACUUAGCAACAGCUUAAAAAGAUAAUGGAAUAAUGGAGGAAUUUUUAAAAAGACUGACUGUAGCCUUUACUUUAAAAAAAAGUGUGCCAUUUAAUUUUGUAUGUAUUGAUUAAACAUGACAGGUUGGCUAUCUGACGUCAGGGCUGGCGUCAUGUGCUUGGGGAUACCCGAGUUGGAAAAAAAAGAGGAGCCAAACCCCGUGGGGGAGGGAGAAGAUUGCAAGGGAUUAGGCAUAGGAACUCUCGCGGGAAGUAGCUAUAGAAACCGAGCCGCUUCCCCUCACGGUGAAAACGGCAGAGGAGGGGCUCCUCUUUCCUGGUGAGGUCCACGACAGCAGCCGUUUGGAGACCGGCACACUUGGCUUCCAUCGAGGUUCAGGACCCCUGUCCUAGGAGAGGCCUACUUUGUUUCUUCUGGCUCCGAGUUCUCCCAGUUGUAACGUGUGCAAUCAAGACAACAUCUCUUCGUCCAUGAGUCGGCUGGAUUAUCAGCACAGAAAAUAAAAUCCAAAUGAGGUUAAAGAUAUCUCUGCUAAAAGAACCAAAGCAUAAAGAAUUAGUUAGCUGUGUAGGCUGGACAUCAGCAGAUGAACUAUAUUCAUGCAGUGAUGAUCACCAGAUUAUAAAAUGGAACUUGUUAAAUGGAGAAACAACACUAGUUGUGAAGCUUCCUGAUGAUAUUUAUCCUAUAGAUCUUCACUGGUUUCCCAAAAGUUUAGGUGGAAAGAGACAAACCCAUGCUGAGAAUUUUGUACUUACAAGUUCUGAUGGUAAGUUUCAUUUGAUUUCCAAAACUGGAAGAGUUGAAAAAAGUGUAGAAGCCCACUGUGGAGCUGUACUUGCAGGAAGAUGGAAUUAUGAAGGUACCGCACUUGUUACAGUUGGUGAAGAUGGGCAAAUAAAAAUUUGGUCCAAGAGUGGAAUGCUAAGAUCCACAUUAGCACAACAAGGAACACCAAUAUAUUCAGUAGCAUGGGGCCCAGAUUCUGAAAAGAUUCUUUAUACAACAGGAAAGCAGCUGAUUAUCAAACCACUUCAGCCAAAUGCUAAAGUUUUGCAGUGGAAAGCUCAUGAUGGAAUUAUUCUAAAAGUUGAUUGGAAUUCUGUCAAUGAUCUUAUUCUGUCAGCUGGGGAAGACUGUAAAUAUAAGGUGUGGGAUAGUUAUGGUCGUUUGCUAUAUAGCUCACAGUCACAUGAAUAUCCUAUCACUUCUGUUGCUUGGGCUUUGGAUGGGGAAUUAUUUGCUGUUGGAUCCUUUCACACUUUACGGCUUUGUGAUAAAACAGGG